GCCAAAAUGCCUGCAAUCAAGAAACGCAAGGUUGCCGAAGAGGCGCCUGCCGCUGAAGAAGUCGAUGCUGGCUCUGCAGUCUCCGAGGCUGGUGACGAUGUCCCGGAGACCACUGAACAGAAGAAAUCCUUCAAGGACCUCGGAAUUAUGGCAGAGCUCUGUACCGCUUGCGAAAAAAUGGGAUACAAGGCACCCACACCCAUUCAAACAGAGUCGAUCCCGGCUGCUUUGGAAGGCCGCGAUAUCAUCGGUCUUGCGGAAACAGGUUCCGGAAAGACUGCAGCUUUCGCGCUCCCAAUUCUUCAGAAGCUGGCCUAUCAAAUUUCGCUCGCCUUUGAGAAUCUCGGCUCGACAAUCGGCGUCCGCACAGCAGUUCUGGUCGGUGGUAUGGACAUGGUUCCCCAAAGCAUCGCGCUAGGAAAGAAGCCCCACAUUAUCGUCGCAACCCCAGGUCGUCUCCUCGAUCACCUCGAGAACACAAAGGGAUUCUCCCUACGCAGCCUCAAGUACCUUUGCAUGGACGAAGCCGACAGACUUCUGGACAUGGACUUUGGUCCCAUCUUGGAUAAGAUCCUGAAGGUUCUCCCUCGCGAGCGCCGUACAUUCCUUUUCUCAGCUACUCUCAGCUCAAAGGUUGAAUCCCUCCAGCGUGCCUCCCUCUCGAACCCGCUGCGUGUUUCCGUUUCUUCCAGCAAGUACCAGACGGUCUCUACGCUGCAGCAAUAUUACCUUUUGAGACCUCACAAGCACAAGGAUGUUCACCUGAUCUACCUUUUGAACGAAUUCAUUGGACAGAGCUGCAUCAUUUUCAUGCGAACCGUCCACGAAACCCAGAGACUAGCUUACCUGUUGCGCGCGCUUGGAUUCCCUGCGAUCCCUCUCCAUGGACAACUCUCUCAAUCCGCACGUCUGGGUGCUCUCGGCAAAUUCCGCUCCCGCGCUCGUGAUAUUCUUGUUGCCACUGAUGUCGCCGCUCGUGGUCUCGAUAUUCCCUCCGUGGAUGUCGUUCUCAACUACGAUCUGCCAACAGACUCAAAGACCUACAUUCAUCGCGUAGGAAGAACUGCCCGUGCGGGUAAGAGUGGUAUCGCCAUUUCCUUCGUCAGCCAAUACGACAUCGAGAUCUGGCAACGUAUCGAAGCUGCACUUGGAAAGACACUUCCCGAGUACGAUGCAGAGAAGGACGAGGUAAUGGUUCUUGCCGACCGAGUGAGCGAGGCCCAAAGACAGGCCAUCUCGCAGAUGAAGGAUUACGAUGAGAAGCACGGUAACAAGGCCGGAAAGAAGACCUUUGGAAAGGGUAAACGCGGUCGUGAUGAGAUGGACAAGGAGGAAGGUUAAAAAGAUUUCCGGUUGAUGGAAUGACGUGCUUGAUUGAUGGCUGGCCCAUCGGCCCAAUGACUUGCUUCUUGUAUGAUUUAACAUCCCUAGUGGAUAAAAAGCACGGGGAUUACUAUGUAUCGCUAAAUGUGUACGCCCUAGAUUGCUAAUCGGACACCUUCUUGCUAUGAUUCAAUGUCCCCUAUAGAUGAAAG